AUGGAACGCUUCGCGCGAGACGCGGCGGAGAGCGCGAAGGCGGAUGCGUUAUUGCGAGGGGCGUGGGAACUGAUCGAUGAGUUUGGGUUAGAGAGUGGGGAGGUGUGCGAUGCGACGUACGUGAGCGAGUUGAUGUUUGAAGACGACGCGAACGCGCCCGCGGGCGCGAGGGAAUUCGCCGCGCAUCGUCUGUUGAGCUCGCCGAUGGGGGGUAUUUAUUUCAAACUGAAGGCGAAAGGGACGUACGAAUCGCGCGCGGCGGAUCAAAUAGACGCGCUUAAGCGUAAAGCAGAAGCUGAAUCUCGCGCAGCAAAGGUGGAAGAAGCGUUUUUGGAUGAGAUCAAAGCCGCCGCCGCGGCGCCCGCGGGAGUAAAGCCCGAUCGCGACGCGCUAUGGAGACCGAGCGACGAGGAUAACGACGCGCGCGUUCGUCGAUUAGAGGCGCUGGAAGCGUACGCGCUCGGCGAGAAAUUCCAUUCCGCCGGAGAGAAGGCGAUGGCGGACGAUUUACUCGGCAAACUAGGGUUCACGCGCUCAUCCGAGGGCGCGUUGAAGACGUUGAUUUCAACCGGCACGUGGAGCCGACACGAAAAUUUAUCCGUGCGCAAGUAUGGGGUGCAGAUUGAUUUCCCCGAAGGUACCGCAAAAGCGUGCGCGGAGGUGUUGUCUAAUGAACCAGUCGACGCCGACGCCGCGUCGCGCGUGGAUUUAACUUACCUAAGAGCGUACGCCAUCGACGACGCUGAAACGGUUGAGGUGGACGACGCGGUGAGCGCCGAGGCGCUGGGCGACGACGGACAGAUUCGAGUGUGGGUGCACAUCGCCGAUCCGACGCGAUGGAUCCCUCUCGGGUCGCCGCUGGACGCCAUCGCGCGUCAGCGCGCGACGACGCUGUAUUACCCCACGGAGAUCGUCCCGAUGUUUCCUCUGGAAAUCGCCGCGGGUCCGAUGUCUUUGGGCUCGAGGUCAGACGUCGCGAGCGAGGCGAUGACGGUUCGCGCCGACAUCGAUCGCGAGGGUAACAUCAUGGAUUUUGAAAUUAUGCCGAGUUUCGUAAAGCUCGAUCGACGUUGGACGUACGAUGAAGUCGACGUCGAACUCGACAGCGCGACGUGCGAUGAAGGACUUCGAUUGUUGUACAAGGUGGCGAGCGCGCGAGACGAGCGUCGCGCCGAAGACGGUUCGGUGACCAUCAUUCUUCCCGAGAAUUCAGUCAACGUGCGAGGAGCCACCGCGCGCGGAGGCGACGGCGACGUCGCUAUAACAAUGUCAAAAAUCAAUGGUCACACGCCGGCGCGCAUGCUCGUCUCCGAGCUCAUGGUUCUCGUCGGCGACGUCGUCGCGCGCUUUGGCGUGAGAGAAAAUAUCCCGCUUCCUUUCCGAGGUCAGGGCGAGCCGCGCUUGAUGUCCGACGACGAGUGGGAUGGAAUCCCCGAAGGGAUAUGUCAGGAUAUGGCUAUGCGUUCGUGCAUGACGUCAUCGACGAGUGGCGCUACGCCCCGUCCGCACUCCGGUCUCGGCUUGAGCGCGUACGUGCAGUUUACGUCGCCGAUUCGCAGGUACGCCGACGUCUUGGCGCAUCAUCAAAUCAAGGCGUACUUACGAGGCGAACCGCUUCCAUUCGACGAACAAUCGAUGGAAAACGUCAUCGAAGACGUCGGUACCACCGUUGGUGGCGCGAUUCGCUCUCAACGCGAGACGUCAAAGUAUUGGGCUUCGGCGUACUUUGACGCCCAGCCCGCGGACGCGCGUUGGACGGCGACGGUGGUCAAGUUUAUUCGCGGCGACGAUUUAGUUUUGGUCAUCUUCGACGACCUUGGCUACGAAACUGUGGUGAAGCUCGAUCGCGGCGCGGUGUUGGGGGAGACGCUGACGCUAAAGUUUGUCGACGCCGACCCGCACGCCGGUUCGACAAAUUUUGCUCGCGUCGAGGCGUAG